UGAUGGGGGGGUCUCCCGUGGUUUAUUUUGUUGCCGACCGGCCCACCGGGAAGUUUCCAGUCCGCGCUUGGCUGGGCGUAUUUUGCUGGUUCAUGUGUGAUUGUAAACAAAGUUGUAUACUGACUACAUUUUUCAUUAAUUUUUACGACCGACGGGCAGAAAUCAUCAAAAUCUGAGGUUGCGUUAGGCUUCUACCUAUAUUCUUAUUUACAUCUUUAGCAAGUAGCAGAUGGUAUUCUUUAUUUCUGUCAUUAUCUUCUUUAUUCAUUUCUGAGUAAAAAUAGUAGCACUCCACACAAAUGGCAGUGUACUGAAUUUACAUGACUUUAAACGUUGUCAUUUUGCUUCUAAUGCUGUUUAAAACGAACUUUCAAAAAGCAGUAGCCUAAUAAAAUAAUCACAAUAAUACAGCUUCUUCUAACGUACAAACUUAAUCUUUCGUUUUAAAAGCUCAUCUAUAACAGUUAAAAACAAAACAGGUGUAUACUAGUUUAUUUCCAAAAGGUGCAUAAUUAAAUGUUCAUAAAGUGGCAAUCUUCUCUGGUUCUUCUUCACGGGAAAGCCACUGCGACAGUAGGAUGUAAGCUGGUCGGAACCACUUACAUGGGACACCGGGAACGGGGGACACUUUAGUGCCCGGACCGACACUUAAUUUGGGAAGGCGGCCAUGGAAACCGUAUGACGCCUAGACUCAGAAGCAACUGAAUAAAGUAUAGACAGAGGAGUCUGUUGUGCAGUAUAUUUUAACUAAGCGUCCCGGUGUUAAUUAGAAGAGUCAUAAAGUUUCGCUUUGUAUUGGCAUAACCUGUUUAAAAUGGCUGUUUAUGAAGUUUACAGUCACCCGGCUUUGCUCCGAUACAAAACUAGCAUUUGCACGAAAGCCACGUUAUUCCUAAUAGUUGUACUGUGUCUCACCUACAUAUCACCUCUUCUGGUAGCUUACCGGAGCCAGGGAUUCUGGCUGAAGCGGAGCACUUACGAGGAACAGCCCAGCGUUCGCUUCCAGUACCAGAUGUUGCUGAUUGCAGCAACUAGCACCAGCGGUGACUAUGUUGCAUGGAGCACAUUUCCCAACUUCAACAUCCUUCAGGGCAAUAACCUUCGAGUACCUUCUGUUUCGGCACGAGAAGAGGACCAGAACCAGGAUGGGAAGUUGGAUCGGUUAAUCCUCCAAUUAGACCUUCCUUUGAAGCCCGUUGAGCAGAUCUACAGCAUCCAGAUGCUGCUCACCUUUUCUUACCAGUUAUUUAGAAUGUCCACCCUUGUGAUGCAGAGUCUGCUGAUGGUACAACACUCUUCCCCAGUUCCUGGUUCUCAGCUUCUCCUCAGUGGAGACCUGCGCUUACACCAGAGGGUGUUACUCCCUCACCGUGGCCUGGACACACGUUACAAUGUAUCAAUUAUCAGUGAGAAAAGUCCCUUUGCCAGCACCUACAACCUGGCAGACAUCAUGGAGGCCUAUCAAGAACGAAACGUGACAACGUUUCUGUCUAGUCCAGCUCCAGUGUGGACCAUCGGUAGAGCUUCUGCUGCUCCUUUCAAGCUGAAGGCAGUGAUCCGAUACCCUGUUGAGAUCAUCAGCUACCAGCCUGGUUUCUGGGAGAUGGUGAAGUUUGCCUGGAUCCAGUAUGUCAGCGUGCUGCUCAUUUUUCUUUGGGUGUUCCAGCGGGUUCAGACCUUUGUUUUUCAGAACCAGGUUGUGCCCACGGUACCAGUGCCUCCCUUGAAGCAGCACUGGGCCUGAAACAUGGGGUGGGGGGUGUGAGGGGCUGGGUGUGUCUGUCUAAGGACUCAUCACCAGCUUCAUUUUCAUUCCUACCACAGUGACCUACACCCACCAGGUGGAACCAACCCCUACUGGACCUCAUGGUUCAGACAGUCGCAUCAAACACAGCAUAAGAAGUCUCAUCCUGGUGUCAGCCAUGGUAUGGGAUCAUGUUUAUGUGAAACAAAGGUACAGUGAGAGCGAUACAUGGCUUUUAGGAAUAUUAGCUCACAGGUAAAUUAUAGGAUUGUGUAGAGAUUCAAAAAAUGUAUCGUAGUUUCCAGUUAGGACAAACUAGGGUGGUACAGGGCUGUCAGGGUCCCCACAAGGCCAGUAUGGUACGGGGCAGUCGGGGUCACAACAAGGCUGGGGUGGUACAGGGCGCUCAGGGUCCCCACAAAUCCAGUAUGGUACAGGACAGUCGGGGUCACAACAAGGCUGGGAUUGUACAGGGCAGUCAGGGGACCCACAAGGCUGGGAUGGUACAGGGCAGUCGGGGGACCCACAAGGCUGGGAUGGUACAGGGCAGUCGGGGGACCCACAAGGCUGGGAUGGUACAGGGCAGUCGGGGGACCCACAAGGUCGAAGAUGGUACAGGGCAAUUGGGGUCACAAUAAGGCUGGUACAGGGCAGUCAGGCCAAAAUUUAAUGGGUCUUCACUGAAGUGUACAGGUCUUACGGUUUGGCUGUUGUUAUACAAGAAUUAAUCAUAUGCUGAACCCAGUGAUUCACAGCCAUGGCAACAAUUGACUCUCUACAAACAGGCAUUCAUUUUGUGUGUGAAUUUUAUACAAAAUUGCUUUUGAUCAUGCAUACACCUAGUUUUCAUUCUAUAGGUAUGUGUUUUUAUGGUAAUAUAUUAAAUGCCAAAAUUACGUAAGAAGAAACAUUAAAACCUCAGGGAUAAUGGA